AUGAACGAUAAGAAAGUGAACUGCUUUAGGCUGAACUGCCUUUUACAAAUCUCAAAAGGGAAGAUCAACUCUAAAAAAGACAACAACAGUGCCGGACUUCAAUUUCUACCUGGAUCGAUGCUUCUUAUCCGGGCUGGACUGGCCUUGGAAGGCUCUUUGAAUGGGCAGAAUUGGAACCUCUUCAGUUUGGAGGGGGCAAAAGUGGUUGGACUUGAUGAUUACUGA